UCCCGGAGGUGGAAGGAAGAGGCUUCACCUCUUUUGACGCGGUGAAGAGCGGCCGGAGAGGGAUAAAAAAGAGAAGUGACUAGAGCCCGUCAUCGCUUUUAUCCUCCCAGCCUCUCCUGAGUCCGGUCGGCCUCACCCUUCCUCUCCACCCAAAUCCAACCUGUGGUCUCCUUCCCACCCCGCCCUCAUUCCCUCGCUCGCUCACCCCUCCCCUCGGGAAUCCUUUUCCCGCCCCCUCGCCCCCCGCGGAGUGCGCACGCGCCCGCCCCCAGCUUCGCGCCCAGAACGCCGCCUAGCCUGCUCGCGCAGCCUCCGUCUCGUCUGCCCACCGACGAAGCAUGGGCGUCCAGGGCUUCCAAGAGUUCCUGGAGAAGCGCUGUCCCGGGGCCGUGGUCCCCGUGGACCUCCUCAAACUCGCGCGCACGGUCUCGCGCCAGCAGCAGCAGCACCAGCAUCGCCAGCUGCCGCCUACGGCAGCCCUAGCGCCCGGGGCUCCACGCGCCGCCAGGGGCUCCGCGCCUCUGCAACCACCGCUCCCGCCCGCUGCCUUGGGUUCCUACUCCGGGGGCGCGGGGCCGACGCGGCACCAUCACCCCGCUCACCACUUCCACCACCACGGCCAGGCGCACCCCGGGCUGCACCCGCCGCCGCCGCCGCCACCGCCGCCCCCUCCGCUGCCCGGGGCCCGGGUGCUGGUGGACGCGGGCUCGGCGCUCCCGCGGCUUUAUGGCGGCUACCAGACGGAUUGGGUGUGUGGCGGCCAAUGGAACGCCAUGCUGGGCUACUUGUCAGCGCUAUGUCAGGCUUGUGCCUAUCCCGGCGGCGACGGCCUGGAGCUGGUGGUCAUGUUCCCCGGGGGCCUGGGCAAGGACCGGCUGGCCGAGUGGGGCCGUCGGUGCCAGGCUGAGCGGCAGACAGCGCAACUGAUCGUGGGACACGUGGGCAACAAGGGCACCCCUCCUCCACGGGCCUGGUUCCUGCCACCGGCCUGCCUGAGCCACUGCGUGAGGCUAGCACUCAUCCGCUUCCGGGUCAAGAUCCUGUCACCUCUACCUCAGAAAUGUCUCCUGAGUCCAGCCACUUCCGCCCCCAUUGCCAUAGUUCAGGCUGCCAUCGUUUCUUAUCUAAACUGUGAAAAUAGCCUCAACUUGUUCGUUUACCACUCUCUGGACAUCUGGAUCUGGAGAUCUGGGCAUCAUCUGGUCCAUCUUCCACACUGCUGUCAGAGACGCCAUCCUGAAAACCAAAGCUGACUUUGUUGUGUGCCUGAGGAUAUCCACUGGCUACUUUUUGCCUACCUUACCAAGUCCGGACUUCUCAGCAUGGCCGACAGUGCCUUUCACAGUCUGAUACCAGACUCUCUCCAGACUUACUUGGUGCUUACCUUUGCCCACACCUGUUCCAACCACUGGAAUGUCCCAACUAUUCUGAACUUUUUUGGUUUCCUAGGCAUACCAUGUCCUCUCACAUGGUGCUUUUCUUAUGUAAUGCUCACCCUCACAUAGCAAAUUGAUAUUUAUUCUUGCUCAACAGUUAUCACUAUGAAAUCUUUCCCAGCCAAGAUGAAUGAUGCCUUUCCUUGUGCUACCAGAGUGUUCUUUUUUUAACCUCUCUCAUAUUUUUUCUCCUGUAGUAUUUUCAUAUUACAUUAUAAUUUUCUUUUCCCCCCCAUGUUAUGUGUUAUAUCCCCAGAACUUAUAACUGGAAGUUUGUAUAUAAUUAUCUGUCAUUUGAGUUCCAAGAGGGCAGAGAUUUGCUCUAGGGCUUGACACGUUAUAUACAAUAAUGGUUGUUGAAAGAGAGAUUUGUUGAUUGACUGGCUGACUGUAGAAGACUUUGAAAGUCAGAUAGGGAAGAAUGUAGAACCAGUGUUUCAUAAUGUUAUAUGUUAAUUCCAUGUAAAUUAACUCAAUUCCAAAUGGAAUUGCCAAACUGUUAAAUAAAAGUAAGUUUUGUAGCUGCUUAGCAAUGCAUUUAUAGAAUAAAUUCCCCUUGGUGAUAGUAAUAAUGGCUACCACAUGGGCUGGGUACCUCACAUAGAUUCAUUUUGUCAUUUAAUCAUCACAACCACCUGUCAGGAUAUGUAUUAAUCUCCAUUUUCUAAUAGCUAAAGUAAAAACAGGCUUAGCAUACUCACUGGUCCAAGGUUACACUUCUGGAACGUGGUUGAGCCAAGAUAUGAACCUAAAUAUAUUUGACAUUAAAAUCCUUCAUCUUUAAUGUAUCUCAAAACAGUAUAGUUGCAUUUUAGUAACUUUUUCCAGAACAUUUUUCUUAUAUUUCAUUUGUGUAGCGUAAUGGUUAAGAGAACAGACCUUGGAGCCACAUUGCCUGGGUUUAAAUUCUUGUUCUUUUACUGACUAGUUAUAUAAAACAUGGGCAAAUUAACCUGUUUGUGCCUCAGUUUCCUCAUUUCGAAGAGGUAGAUAGUAAUAAGACUUACAUCGCAGACUUCAUUGUGAGUGUUAAAUGAUUUGACAUAAGUAAGAUGCUUAGAAUAUUAUAUGGCACAUGGUAAAUGCCAUGUAAAUGGUAGCUGCAAUUACUUUGACCAGAAUAUCUUGUGUGCCAAGAAGGUUGGACAUUGAUCAUUUCACUCUCAUGCUUUAAGCUUGGCAUGGCAUGGCAUGGCAUACAGGAUACUUCAUGAUCUGCCUACCAUUCUCUGGCCUCAUUUCACCCCAUUUUUCUUAACAGGGCAAUGAGUGCUUUUCAGUCUAAUUAACAUUUUUUGAGCACGUACUCUGUGCCAAACACUGUGCUAUGAACAGUGGAAUUCAUUCAUUCAGCAGAUGCUUAUUGGGCUCUUACUGUUUGCCAGGCACAGUUCAAUAUUGAGAAGAUAAAGCAGUGACCAAAAGAGAUUUCUGACCUCAAGAAGUUUAUAUUCUAGUGGGAAGGACAGACAAUAAACAAGAUUAAAAAGACUAUAUAGUAUUUUAGGUGGUAUAGUAAGUGCUGUGGAGAAAGAUGAAGUAGGAAAGUGAGAUAAGGGAGUGUUGAGGUCAGAGGGGUACCCUAACCCUCCAGGAGCUCAUAGUCUAGUAAGGGAGACAAGUAAGAAAAUACUAACAGUACAAGCCCUGAGGAUCUUUUCUCUGACCCUUGUCAUAGGCCCAAAGACAUAUUGGAAGUGGCAGAACCACAAUUUGCAUAUCAGACACCAAAACUUUUCAUCCAUACCACAAAGGAAAUUACAAGGGUUAUGGCAAGGAUGGCAAACUGGCAGCCCAUAGCCCCACACAUUUUUUUAAAAACUUCAUUGAUUUUCACUGAUAAACAGUGUUCAUCAGAAUCGAAAGUCAAAUAGUGGGUUUGGAUUGAAUAUUAGGCAUCAUGUAGCUGAAUGAUUUUUAUUUCCCUCUUAUCAUUUAACUUGCAUUUUAUAAAUGUAUUUCUUUUUUUUAAACAAAUAGGAACUUGUUGCCAAUAUUUUAAAAAUUAUGAAAUAUUACCAAGAAUUCUGACUUGCCAACCACUCUUGAAAUAUCAGAUCCUCUGGCAACACUGGUUGCCCCAUUUUGCUAAACCACAAGGUCUUCAUUUAUUGGAGUCUCUACUACUCCAUGGUGUCUCAAUGAUACAGUGACCAGGUGCCACUUGCCUUUCAUAAUAACCAUCUUCUGCAUGGCUCCCAAUGAUUCCUGCCUCCUGCUAUUCACACUCUUGUUUAAUCCACCCCCACCCCCUGUGUGUGGGCUGGACUUAGUAAUUAGCUUUUAAUGAAUACGCUAAAGCAAAAGUUAUAAGAUGUCACUUCCAAGAUUAGGUUAUAAAAAACUGGGACUUCCAUCUUGUUUGCACUCUCUCUUGCUCUCUCUGGCUCUUCUUGCUUGAUCAUUCUGAUGAAGCAAGCUGCCAUAUUGUGAGCUGCCCAAUGGAGAGGCCCACAUAAGAAGGGACUGAGGGCAGCCUCCAACCAACAGCCAGUGAGGAACUGAAGCCCUCAGUCCAACACAACCCACAAAGAACUGAAUUCUGCCAACAGCCAUGUGAGUGAGCUUGGAAGCGGAUCCUUCCCCAGUCGAGCCUUGAGAUGACUGCAGCCCUGGCUGACACCUUGAUUGCAGCCUGUGAAAGACCUUGAGCCAGAGGACCCAGUUAAGCCACACCCACAGAUACUAUGAGAAAAUAAAUGUGUUUUUAAAGCUACUUAAGUUUUGGGGGUAAUUUGUUACACAGAAAUCAAUAACUGAAACACCAUUGAUUGUUGUGCCUGUACUUUUUCAUAGUAGUUUUGAAGAACAUGAAAUAUUUCUCAUACCCACGUAAAGUGAAAAAAAAAUGAUCUAUACAAGAAGAUCAUAUAUUUAAAGGAAAAUCAGAGAGAGCCUAUUUCCUAGUGGAAGUGAUGAGUAUUCCUUUAUAUCAAAAUAAAAUAUAUUUGUUGAAAGACUACAAUUUAAGAGAACAUUUAAAAAUAAACCGUUGUAAGAAAUAUGACCAGUAUACAAGAAUGGUGAGUGCUGAAAUAAAAAGAACUUGUAAAAGGGCUUGGAAUUUCAAUAGGUUGUGUUUUCGAAUACA